AUGCUCCUGUCUCCGAUCAAGCGCCUAAGCGUCUCUGCUUUACUUGCUGUGAGCCAUGCCAACCCUUUCUCGGAUAAUCGCGAAAGGGUUACCAUUGGCUAUAGAGUUUGCAGCGAGGCCGAGGCUCGGGCGACGAUCGCAGCUGGCCACCCGACGUAUGGUUGGUGGAAUAACAAACCUCAUCAUGUUCUGUCGGUCGGAUGGGGCACGUACUCGGCGCUUAAUCCCGAUGAUUGGAAGGCGCUUUACAACGAAUGGUUUUGCGUAGUGCAAGCCGACAAGGAAGAGUGGGAUAAGGCUCCCAAAGCCAAGAUACCCGAGUUUGACGGCAAGAAGUAA